AUGCCGGCUGAGGCAGAGGAACGGGAUAAGUUACGGAUCAGAGGUUCACACAAGCAGCCUCGAGGAGAUAAUCCAUCGAUCAGCUCAGGGAGUGGUUUGUUACCAUUGUCAGCAGCCGGGGCGCAUCAAGCCUCGCUACCCACAGCUUCAUCCAUAGGCCAGUCAGACUUCAGUUCCUACGAAGACAGGGCAGGGAACUUGCUUUUAUUGCAAGGAACCAGGUAUGAGUCACCUUUUAUCCAAAAAAUUGUUGAAGAUAUUGGAAACAAAUUGAAUCGCACAGUAGCAGUUCUUGCAAAUGUAAGAGGAACAUCAAAGGAACCCAGUGGUCUUGUCCGCUUACAAAGACAACUUCUUUUAGAUAUUUUAAAGGGCAAGAAAGUAAAAAUUAGCAAUGUUGAUGAAAGAAUCAUAAAUGAAAGUAAAAUUAUCAUAACUACAAAUGAACAAUUGCUGAAGGCACAUGAACUGCACAAGUGGCAUGGAGUUAAGGGUUUAACUGAGGAUGAAUCAUUUCAACUCUUCAGUUGGCAUGCCUUUGGGCAAGAUCACCCCAUUGAGGGAUAUAUGGAGCACACAAGAAGGCUUGUACAGUAUUGCGGAGGGCAUCCUUCAGCUCUUCAAAUUUUGGGUUCUUCUCUAUCUAGGAGAAGCAUAGAUGUCUGGGAAAGUGCAAAAAGGAAAAUGGAAGCAAUUCCUGAUAGUCUGAUCCACAAAAAGCUCAAAAUAAGCUUUGAUUCUUUACAAGAUGACCAUGAUAAAAAUUUAUUUCUUGACAUUUCUUGUUUCUUUGUUGGAAAGGACAUAGAUUUCAUAAUUACAAUACUAGAUGAAUGUGGUUUUUACACAAGGGCUGGGAUUCAGAAUCUCAUCGAUAGAUGCCUCUUAACAAUCGAUGAAAAUAACAAGUUAAUACUGCAUCAAUUGGUUCAAGAGAUGGGAAGAGAGAUUGUACGGCAGGAAUCACCCGAAGAACCUGGGAAGCGCAGCAGAGUGUGGCAUCACAAGGAUGCUUUCAAUGUAUUAACAGAAAAAUCUGGCAUGGAAACAAUUGAAGGCCUCAUGCUGAAUUUGCAUGUGUCUGAGCAAGAUCGGCUUGCCAAGAAUUUCUUCGGUUUAGGUAAUUCAAAAAGGCAUCGCCCUGAAGAUUUUCUUGACAUAAUAACAUUGCCUUGUGGAAUUGCUAAGAUCAUUGCAAAUUCUGAAUCUCAGUCAUUCCCAUGGCCUUAUCAAUACACCCGAUUUCUCAAACUCCCUAAUCUUCUUGAUAAGUUGCCGAAAGAGCUCUGUAAGAUGGAAUCUUUGAAGGUUCUUCAUGCAGAUGGUGCUGCAAUAAGUCAACUACCCUCUACCAGCAGUGACAUAAAUUUAUGGCGUUCACGCUGGUUCUCUGGGGUUCGUAGACCAAGAAAAUCUCCAGAAUCAAUCAGCUCUUCAUUGAUUUGCUUUCCAUACUCAUUAGUAAGCUUGAGUCUUGAACACUGCAAUCUGUCUGAUGAUGCCAUUCCAAGGGAUCUUGGUAGCCUGUCCCUUUUGCAGGACUUGAAUCUAAGGGAAAAUCCGUUCUGCAACUUUCCAGAGAGCAUAAAGGGUCUCACCAUGCUUCACUCAAUUUAUACGGGUGUAGAAGCCUCCAAUUGCUUCCAGAGCUACCAAUGA